AUGCAACCCAUCGGUCGACAACGCCGUUGGCGUGAGGUGGUGGAACGCGCGCAAUUCAAUGCGCAGUUACGGCAAUUGCGGGAUCCUGUCCCUGGGGACAAUAUUGGCAUGGCUUUGACCGAAGCAUUACACCAAGCCAUUGAAAGGGAACUGGACCGCGAGCAGCGACCCGCUCAUCAUUUUGUCAAUUUUGCCAUCACGGCUCAUGGGUUCACCCACGCCUAUCAAACAGCCAAUUUCACCGUGGGGGAGUUUUUACAACGCACUGCUCGCUUAGCUGAGAUGUUGGCCACCUUGGCCGGUAAAUUAAACAGCAAUGAAGCCUUCAACCCCUAUCGUGGUUUCCAAGUGGAUGUGGUGUUUGUAUCCAUGCCUGGCCCAGGGUCUCGUCGACGUAAACAACACAAUCCUGGUCGACUGUGUCUGGAUCGAGAGAACAAGAAAAAAAAUGUAUCAUCCCCAUCCGAAACAGAGACACUUUAUGCUGUGCCCGUGCUAUCGUCACCAUGCGAGCCCAUUGCCAUAAAGAUCAAGGCGUGGACGGGUUUCGCGACUUGGAGAAUCUAAAACGUGGGUGUCCUGUGCAGCAACGUCAAGCCCAGGCAUUACAUCAGCAAGCGGGGGUAGCUGAGGGUCCCUGUGGUUUGCCCGAGCUUCGCCAAUUUCAACAGGCGUUGGGGUCUCAAUAUCAACUCUUGGUGAUGACCCGGAUGAAACCGUUCUUUCUGAUAUUCAAAGGACCCGCCGCCCCUCAUCAGAUUCGUUUGCUCAAAUCCAAUGAUCAUUUUGAUGGUUGCACUUCCUUUCCUACUUUUGUGAACCGCUCCUAUUAUUGCCUGGACUGCGAACGGGGGUUCAACACCAACGACCGAACCAAUCAUACCUGUCAAGAGAGACGCUGCUCCGCGUGCGGUCGAUUUGAUUGUCAAGAUUAUGUGCGCGGUACCCGCCCUAUGGAGUAUUGCAGUCUGUGUCACCGCAAGUUUUACGGAGGGUAUUGCAAACGUCAUCAUGAAGUCAGCAAGCAAUGUCAAUCGAUCAAAACCUGUCUCAAGUGCCAGGCCCAGUACACGGUCGUCCCUAACAGACGUCACCAGUGUGGGAACGCCAAAUGCCCCGUGUGUCAGGCAUGGGUGCCCAUCCAGGACCAUAAGUGUUACAUUCAACCCACGGUGGAGGACGAGGAGCCAGAACCAACCGAGGAGGGAGGAGGUUGCAUGGUGGCGCCACCCCCUCCCCUGUUUGUUUAUGCGGAUUUUGAAGCCAUGCAGAAUGUGGAAGGAGUGUUUGUGGCCGAUUUGUUGUGCUAUUCGUCCAGCGAAGAAACCACCAUUCAUCUGUUGGACGGGGAGGACUGUGCCCUACAAUUUUUGCGCGAAUUGGAUGACCCGGUUCGUGUGCCGGACAGUGCGGAGGAUCGGGAGAUUCGCGUGGUGUUUCACAAUUUGAAAGGUUUCGACGGCAUGUUUAUUUUGCACGAACUGUACCAGCAACAACUCGAGGUGGUGGAUCAACUGACCGUGGGCGCUAAAGUGUUGUCCUUCAAGAGCGGACCCCUCAAAUUCAUUGACUCGUUGUGUUUCUUGCCCAUGCCGCUGGCCUCUUUUCCCAGCACCUUCAAUUUGACCGAAUUAAAGAAGGGCUUCUUUCCUCAUUUGUUCAACACCCCCGACCAUCAACAGUAUGUGGGCCGCAUCCCCGAUUUGGAAUUUUACGAUCCCGAGGGUGUGAUGGCCAAAAAGAAAGACGAACUGACUCGUUGGCAUGCGGACCAAGUCCGUCGUAAUGUGCCCUUUGAUUUCCAGCAAGAAAUGAUCGAGUAUUGCAAAUCGGAUGUGGCACUGUUGAAAGCGGGCUGUGAAGUCUUUCAACAAGAAUUUGAACAGCAGGCUGGUUUCAAUCCAAUGGCCAAAUGCAUCAUCAUCGCCAGUGCCUGCAAUCUGUAUUGGCGCAAGCACCAUUUGACCCCCGACACCAUUGCCGUCGAACCUCUGGGGGGCUGGCGAGGGGCCCAAGUCAACCAAUCCCUCAAGGCCCUGCAAUGGCUGUAUUACCAAGAACACCUUCUUCCCAAGCAGGGGGCCUGUGCCGACCGCAUUCGACACGUCCGUAACGGGGGCGAACAGUCGGUCCGAACCAUCGUCAACAGCUAUUUCGUCGAUGGGUACGAUCCCCUGACUCGCACUGUCUACGAGUUUCAUGGCUGUCUCUACCAUGGUUGUCCCCGCUGCUAUCCCAACCGAUCCGUCAAGCAUUAUGCGGUGCCGGACCGAAGCGUGGAGGAACUGUAUGAGGCCACGCUCUCCAAACGCAUGGCCCUGCUCCGAGCAGGCUACACGGUGAUCGAAAUGUAGGAGUGUGAGUGGGACCGCCUGGUAGACAAUGAGCCUGUUGUAUCUCAGUUUCUUCGUUCAUUCGAUCUGGUCGCGCCUUUGGAACCCCGCGAGGCCUUCUUUGGGGGUCGCACCGGCGCCGUAGCCCUGCAUGCCGUGGCUGGGGAGGGCGAGGAGAUACGCUAUGUGGAUGUCACCUCCCUGUACCCGUGGGUGAACAAGAACUGUCCUUACCCUAUUGGUCAUCCACGGAUCAUCACCCAACCUGCCGACCAGUCCCUGGAUUCCUAUUUUGGUCUGGCGACCGUGGACAUUCUUCCCCCAGCUGGCCUAUUCCACCCCGUCUUGCCUGUGCGCUGUGGCCAAAAGCUCACCUUUCCUCUCCGCCGUGCCUGUGUCCAGGCGGAACAAGCCCAACCCAUGUUGAUCAGAACCCACUAUUGCCCUCAUUCGGAUGCCGAUCGUAUGCUACGUGGGACCUGGUGCACGCCCGAGUUGGUCAAGGCCGUCGAAAAGGGGUACACCCUCGUCAAGAUCCACGAAGUCUGGCAUUUUCCCCCCGAGCAACGCCAAACAGGUCUUUUCGCCACUUACGUCAAUACCUGGCUAAAGAUCAAACAAGAAUCAGCGGGGUGGCCCAGCUGGUGUCAGACCCUCGAGAAGAAACGAGAGUAUAUUCUUCGCUACCAGGAACGGGAGGGUAUCCGACUGGACAUCGCCAGCAUUGCCAAAAAUCCCGGUCGCAAGGCUACCGCCAAACUGAUGUUGAACAGUUUCUGGGGUAAGUUUGGUGAGCGUAUCAACAAACCCACCACCGUCACUGUCCAAAACCCCGCCUAUUUGUUCAGACUCAUCUCCGACGCUGCUCUCGAUAUCAGCACUCUCCGUCUCUGUACUGACGACAUCCUAGAGGCUGUCUACACCAGUGUCCAAGGCAAUGCCGUCAAAGGCACCAAGACCAACAUCUUUAUGGCGGCUUUCACCACGUGCCAUGCUCGACUAAAGCUCUACGAGUCGUUGGACACCCUUCAACAGCAAGUCCUUUACUAUGACACGGACAGUGUGAUCUAUCGAUGGCGUCCCGGUCAACCCUCCAUUACCACGGGUGAUUUUUUGGGGGACAUGACGGAUGAACUGGACGGGGACGUCAUCACCGAGUUUGUUUCUGGGGGCGCUAAGAAUUAUGGGUACACGACACGACAGGGUAACGUGGUGUGCAAGGUACGCGGUUUCACCCUAAACGUCCGCGGUUCUGCUAUUCUCAAUUUUCACACGAUGAAAGACAAUAUUCUCUCGGAAUUAGACUCGCCUCAGGACUCUCGCCGAAAUUUGAACAUUGUCACCCCCUAUUAUUUUCAAAGGGAUCUAGAAAAGAAACAAAUUCAAGUGGUUCCGCGCGUGAAGCAGUAUGGGUUGGUGUUUGACAAGCGCGUCAUCAAUGUGACCACCCGGUCGAGCUAUCCCUAUGGUUACGAGAGGAUUGGGAAUGAACUCGAUCUCCUAUUAGAUUUGUAA